AUGAUCCGCAUAACCGUGGCCCUGAUGAGCGGGAGAGCAGUGGACUUGGAGGUGGUCCGCAACAUACCCCUCGGAGAGCUGUCUCGGAGAGCUCAAUUUUUACUUGGGGUGCGGGGCAGGUUACUCAGCCCUGGUGGUGGUGACCUGCACGGAGACACGACUUUGGUCCAGGCUGGCGUUCAGAGUGGCGAUAUUCUAACGUUGCACACUCGGCCGGUGUACCUGGCGGCGGCCGACAGCGCGUUCUCGGCCAUCCUUUCGGAUGGGACCAUCGUCAGCUGGGGCUACCCGGGGAAUGGUGGGGACUGUCGUUCUGCGAGUGCGCACUUGCGAAACGUCCAGCAAGUUCAAGCGAGCCAAUUUGCCUUCGCUGCUCUGCGGGGCGAUGGUUCCGUCGUGACAUGGGGGAAUUCGGCUUGUGGUGGAAACUGCAGCAAGGUCGCGUGCCAGCUCAAGCAAGUUCGCGAGGUCCAAGCGACUUCCCUAGCCUUCGCUGCGAUUCUGCGUGAUGGGUCCGUUGUAACCUGGGGAAAUGCUGACUACGGUGGCGACAGCAGUGAGGUUCAAGAUCUUCUGCAAGAUGUGCGAGAGAUUCAAGCAAGCGAGGCUGCAUUUGCUGCCAUCCUGGCAAACGGAGAAGUGGUGACUUGGGGUUGGGCUGGGUAUGGCGGCGACAGCCAGGCGGUCCACGGGCAGCUCAAGGAUGUGCAGAGAAUACAAGCUGCACAGAAUGCCUUCGCUGCCAUCUCUAAGGAUGGCUCCGUCGUGACCUGGGGGAAUCCCAGCCGCGGUGGUGACAGUAGGUCUGUCCUGGAACAGCUGAGUCGCGUGACGCACAUUCAAGCUAGCGAGUCUGCCUUUGCCGCUCUGCGGGAGGAUGGAAGUGUGGUGACUUGGGGGCAUGAUGGAUACGGUGCCGACAGCAGUGCGAUCCGAUAUCAGUUGGUAGACGUGCGGGAGAUUCAGGCGACUGCUUCUGCAUUCGCAGCUCUGAGACACGAUGGUUCCGUUGUAACUUGGGGCAACCCCGAAAAUGGAGGGUGCAGCGAAGAGGUCAAGUCUGAGCUGACGGAUGUCCAUGCUAUUCAGGCUACAAACUUCGCUUUUGCUGCUGUUCGCACGGAUGGUUCUGUCGUGACCUGGGGUAAUCCAUCCCGGGGCGGAGAUAGCAAAGAUGUUCAUGAACAGCUGCAGCAUGUACAGCAGAUCCAAGCUAGCGCUGGUGCUUUUGCUGCUAUCCUGGCUGAUGGGUCUGUCGUGACUUGGGGCCACUCGAGCUGCGGAGGUGACAGCACGUCCGUUCGGAAGCAGUUGAACAACGUGCAGCAAGUACAAGCCUCACGCUUUGCCUUUGCUGCUGUUCUGGAUGACGCAUCAGUCGUCACCUGGGGUGCAGCAGGCGGUGGCGGUGACAGCAGUGCCGUGCGUGAGGAUCUGGCAGGUCUUGCCAUGAUGUUCAGCCUGAAGAAUCGAUAA